AUUGUGGAGGAGUCUCCCCAGCGUGUCCUGAGCCACAGACUCUGCCUCCCCGACCAUGCCGCACAUCGAUAACAACAUCAAGCUGGACUUCAAGGACGUCUUGCUGAGACCCAAGCGCAGCACCCUGAAAUCCCGGAGCGAGGUGGAUCUCCUCCGAUCGUUCACCUUCCGCAAUUCGCACCAGAAGUAUAGUGGGAUCCCCAUCAUCGCCGCCAACAUGGACACUGUGGGCACCUUCGAGAUGGCCAAAGCCCUUUGCAAGUUCUCACUCUUUACUGCCAUCCACAAGCACUACAAGCUGGAGGAGUGGAAGGAGUUUGCUGCCCAGGAGCCCGAUUGCCUGCAGCACGUGGCGGCUAGUUCAGGCACCAGCCCCUCAGACCUGGAGCAGCUGGAGAAGAUCCUGGAAGCCCUACCCCAGGUGCGCUACAUCUGCCUGGACGUGGCCAACGGCUACUCGGAGCACUUUGUCCAGUUCCUGCGGGACGUGCGCAAACGCUUCCCUGACCACACCAUCAUGGCUGGGAACGUGGUGACAGGGGAGAUGGUGGAGGAGCUGAUCCUCUCUGGCGCCGACAUCAUCAAAGUGGGCAUUGGACCAGGUUCGGUCUGUACCACUCGGAAGAAGACAGGGGUGGGGUACCCCCAGCUGAGCGCUGUUCUGGAAUGUGCCGAUGCAGCCCAUGGCCUCAACGGGCACAUCAUCUCGGAUGGGGGCUGCAGUUGCCCGGGGGACGUGGCUAAGGCGUUUGGUGCCGGCGCAGACUUUGUCAUGCUAGGGGGGAUGCUGGCAGGACACACGGAGUCAGGGGGGGAGCUGAUCGAGAGGGGGGGCAAGAAAUACAAACUCUUCUAUGGGAUGAGCUCCGACGUGGCCAUGAAGAAAUAUGCUGGGGGAGUGGCAGAGUACAGGGCGUCGGAGGGCCGGGCGGUGGAGGUGCCGUUCCGGGGCGCCGUGGGGCACACGCUGCGGGACCUGCUGGGCGGGCUCCGCUCCACCUGCACCUACGUGGGCGCCGCGAAACUGAAGGAGCUGAGCCGCCGAACCACCUUCAUCCGGGUCACCCCUCAGGGGCCCCCCCUAUUCGGGGCAGGGGAUUAGGGGCCCCCAGCACACCCCAGCUCCAGGGGAUCAGGGCCCCAUAAUGAACCCCAACUUCGAGGGUCAGGCCCCACCCUGAGGAGUUUUGCCUAUUAAUCCCCCUCUUUGAGGGGCUGAGGCCCAGCCACGAGGAACCCCCUGCCCUGGGCACCCCAAUAUUUCCCUCUUGAAAGCACGGGGGCAGCAGUGCUCAGCCCUACCCCCGCAGGAUGGAGGGGACAGAGCCAAGGGAUCUCCGAAUUUUCCCCGAUCAUUCCAUUCCCCGGAGCAGCCCCUGACGUUAAGGGGGGCAGAAGGGACCCCUAAUUCCCUCCCCGUCUCCUCCAGGGGAUCCAUCCCCCCCAAAGGUCAUCUCCCCCUGCUCUGCCAGAGGUGGGCUAUGGGGCACCCCCCAAAUGAAGGAGACCGAGGGGGGGGACCGGGCUGAAUCAUGUGCCAUGUUUAUUUGGUGUCACCAAUAAGAGGCUUUGUGGGGCA